AAGAUCUGUAAUAAGUUCCAUGCCACUACUAAAGAUGGAACUGGAUUUCAAGCAGGCGAUACGGGAUCUGAUAGAGCCCCAUUGCUUUCACCGAAAGAUGAUGAUCUUUCAAGUUGGGGCUCUUCUUAUGAAUCUGUCUCACAUGAUGAGGAGUAUCUUGAACAGUGGCUUACAGCAAGUUCCCUUGAUACUAAAUCCCUAAAAGAUGGGGGAAACAACAAUAAUCCACGUUGUCUUUGUAAAAUAUGCUCUGAUGCACCAAGGGACUGCUUCUUCCUUCCAUGUGGCCAUUGUGGAGCAUGUUUCACACGUGGAACAAGGAUUGUAGAGGAAGCUGGCAUGUGUCCCAUUUGUGACAGGAAAGUGAAGGUGAGGAAGAUAUUCACAGUCUGAGAGGUGUAUAUUGAGGAAGAUAUUCAAUCUAAGAGGUGUAAAUGGUCGCAUCCUUGUAGUAACGACUCCCAACAAUCAGUUGGUCACUUGGGGAAAAACCUAUCUUUCAUUUCAAUUAUACACUUAAGUGAGCUUUCAUUCUGAAGGUGAUCGAUGAUACUCAGUAGCUUUGAUUGAAGAUGUAUAGGCCUCCAAUCUAUGGGUUUCUCUCCUUUCUGAUGAGUCAGGAUUGAAGAAAGAAUGCUCUGAUUCAAUAUGGUCCACUGCAAAAAGGAAAUGGUUGAGCCAAAGAUUUUUCAGUUGCAAUGCCACCAUCUAAUAAUGCAACUGGAUUCAGGAAUAUAAUUUUUUUUUGCAUUGAAAUAGGAAAUUGUUUAAACAACCUGCACCAGUAAUUUUAUUUUUUUUUCCAAUUGUUCUCCCUUAAUCUGGAAUUCCAUUCAAGUUCAUGUCUGGUUGUUGUGAGUUUUAGAUACACCCUAGAAUUCUCUAUGGAUUUUUGG